CUCUCAUUGACAGUCUAUAUUGUGAAGCAGAACAAAGUUGAAAAACUGGACCGAAAUCGGCUUGUGAAUCGAUGAGUAAAGUCGGGUAGAUAACUGGAUUGGAUAAACAGAUUAAUGAAUAUUUUACUCGGGAAUUUUGUCAUCAGGCAACAGGUUAGAUGGCCAAUUGUAGCGAGGACUUCCCGUACACAUCAAUCCUCUACCCAGAGUUGGAGAAUGAGACGUCCGUUAUUGUCAUCGGUGUUAUCGCACUCAUCCUGUGUAUCCUGACCCUUGUGAACUACGGGGAAGAGUUAUGGUUCAUGUGCAGAGUUUACUCCCUUACUCCUAACAGAAAUUAUGUCAUCCUUAUCCUGACAAUUUUCCCGAUCCUCUCUUUAUGCUGUGUACUGGGUCUCCUUGUUCCGAGGUCAACCCUCUUAAUGGAACUCAUCACCUCCACGUUGCGGGCCAUCAGUAUUCUGGUGUACAUAAGGAUUUUGAUGGGAUAUUUUGGGGACGAGGAUAAAUUAGUGACUGACAUGUCAGAUGAAGCCAUGACUUUCCGAACUCCACCAUGUUGCUGCUGUUGUGUUUGUAUGAAUGGCUCGAAAAUAAGCAGUGGUAUCCUGAGGACGAUCAAACUACUCUGUGUACAGAUGGUUGUCGUCCGCCCUCUCACAAUGCUGAUCCUAGUCCUACUGUGGAUAGACAACAAGUUUAAACUGACAGAUGUGAUGAGUACCUCCAACCCUGGCACCUACUUUCAAUUCAUCAACAUUAUAAGUUUAUUGCUUUCAAUGUGGGGAGCAAUUGCGCUGACACGAUUCGUAGAACCGAAGCUGAAGGAAUGUAGGAUCCGCCUAAAGUUUCUCUCGGUGCAGCUCGCUAUGGUUUUCUCGGACGCUCAAAGGGCUCUACUUACUUUCCUGGCUUCUCGUGACGUUUUUGAUUGUGUGAAGACACGUGGUCCUAUGGUCCAAGCUUAUCGGUAUCACUAUGGACUGUUAGUGCUGGAGACAUUUUUGUUAUCACUCUUGGCUAGGUACGCCUACAGAUACCAGGAUCCGCCGUACCAGUAUGAUGAGCUGGGUAAAGAAAAAAGUGAGAUGAGAUCCGUCCCUUCUUCUAGAACCAACUUAAAGUUGACAUAAUUGCGUUUCAUUAAUGGCACAAAUCCCCUGCAGCUGACUUUAAAAUUGACAUUUCUGAUGUUACUCGGACACUAUUUUUUUUUAACAUGUAUAUAUUUUUGUUGUUUUUUUCUACUUCUAUAGAUCGAUCCAGGGUAAAUUCUGCUGAAUACUCAUAGACUUUUCUAACAUUACUCUUUGUACACACCUGAAGAGAUUGAUGCUUAUCUAUUACUGAAUAUUUCCAUCAACAAGUGAAUACAGUAUUAUCACAUUGACUUAAGAAUGGCAUUGCUUAAUAUAAAUCUUCUCCAUUUAAACGUGCUUUACUGGAAUUGCUUGAUUUUGAAGUUUCCAGGAAAAACGAAAUAAAUUCUAGUCGACUGUAGAUAUUAGAACUUCUUGUCUUUUACUUUGCUUGGAA